CAAGAAAAGUAAUGAUGAUAAGGAUUGGUUUACUUUAACGAAUAACCCGGAAUACGGAAUUAACUUCAAAUAAAGCAUUUAAUCAAGAUCUGGUAUCUGAAGCCUGAAUACACUUAUGAUAUGUAAAUUACAAAACUUAUACGUUAUAUUGAAUAACUAUUUCAAAGAGAGGAUAUGGAGUGAAAUUAAGUUUUGUUCGUCAAAGAGAGAAAAGAAAAUCAAAUAAACUGAGAUGCAUCUAGUUGAAUUAAUUCAUUUCGUGAAUUUUAAUAAAGAAAUAUCGUAUGAAACUCAAUAAACAAUACAAUGUUUUGAGCAAUUUUGCCAUCUUUGUAACUAAUAAUGAUUAUGUACUAUCAUUUAAAAGAGACAGUGCCAAGGUUUCGAAAACCCCAAAAAAGUGAUAACUACAAAAUUUUCGAACUGCCAGAAUAUCCCUAAAGCUACAAUUGACGACUUCGUAAUCGAAAAUUUGAAUAAAUCCUUCAAAUCCUUUGUGCUUUCAAUCUCAAUAUACAUUCAAACGGAUCCAUAUUCAUACCAAACAAUUUUUAUGAUUGGUGGCCCACCAUGGAAAUUUGAAUCGUUCUGAAAUAUUCAGAUUUUGUCAACAAAAAGAAUCAAAUCCAAUGAAGUCAUGUACAAAGAAACUAACUUAUAAGUUUGUGAAAAAAUGUGAUUUGUCUUCUUUUGAGAUCGUUAUCAAUAGAUUAGUACGUAAUUAAUUUCGAGUGAUCACAAAUCUUGAUCAAAAUGUCGAUGAUAAAAUUUGUAAACAAAAAUUUUGCAACAAUGUUGUUCUAGACAUAUUUUUAUUAUAAACAAAUAAACAACAGUAUGUAUAUAAAAAGGAGAAAAAAUUAUUGGAAAGCAUACAGUUCUUACUGCUCUUAGAGUUAAAUUAGAACAAAAAAACUUUUAAUUAUAAAUCAAAAUGUAUUUUCUAUUUAUAGUAUUAUCUGCAAUAAUUGCAGCUAACGCUUUAACUGACAAGGAAAACUGGGAACUUUUCAAGAAUCAAUACGGAAAGAAAUACGUGAAUUCUUUGGAAGAGUCUCGUCGUUUUGUAAUCUUUCAACAAAAUUUACGAAGAAUUGAAUCUCAUAACCAAAGUCCGUCCAGUUUCAAAAUGGGGAUUACCAAAUUUGCCGACCUCACCGAAAAAGAGUUUCUAGACACGCUCACUUUAUCGAAAUAUACAAAACCAAAACGACCACAAAAUAUUGAAUACAUCAAACUAGAUGACGAAGUACCCGAUGAAUUUGAUUGGAGAACAAAAGGGGCUGUAACCGAAGUAAAGAAUCAAUUAAGUUGUGGUUCCUGUUGGUCUUUCAGUACGACUGGUACAUUGGAAAGUGCUUAUUACAUCCACACUGGAAACUUGGUGUCAUUCAGCGAGCAAAACUUGGUCGAUUGCGUCAAGGUAGGUUGCAAUGGUUGCUUGGGUGGUUGGAUGGACAAAGCAUUCGAUUAUAUCAAAAUAAACGGAAUCAUGACAGAAUCUGAUUAUCCUUACGAAGCUGUAGAUCAGAAAUGCAAAUUUGAUCCGAACAAAUCGUUAGCUCGAGUAUAUAACUACACUUACAUUAUUGAAGGUGAUGAAGUGGAACUGAAAAAAGCCGUAGCGCAAAAAGGACCUACGGCUGUUGCUAUUGACGUUACGUCCUACUUUCAACUCUAUGAAUCAGGUGUAUUGAAUGAUGAUAUUUGUCAAAGCGAUAUACUAUAUGCAAAUCAUGGGGUGGUGGUUGUCGGAUAUGGUACUACAAACGGAAGUGAUUAUUGGAUUGUCAAGAAUUCGUGGGGUGCUGAUUGGGGGAUGGAUGGUUAUAUUUUGAUGUCCAGAAAUAGAGAAAAUCAAUGUGGUAUUGCAACUGACGCAUUAUAUCCUUAUUUUUAGUUAUCAGUAUUGUUAAUUAUUUAGUUUUUAAUAGAAAUAAACGUUGAUAGGUAUA